AUGGACUUUUCAAGAGGCAUUAGCUACGACCGAAUCGGAAAUCGUGCAUAUGGAUUGAUGCUGGACGAACGUUUGGAUAGACUCGCGGAGGACAGGCAGGCACUUUUGGAAAUGCGACAAAGAAGAAGAGCACAUCAGCAACAAACAAUAGAACCGUCGGAAUAUUUGAAUUUUGAUACGAAUGUGUAUGAUCAAGAAAGAGGAGACUCUCCCCCCACACAGAUGCAGGCAGAAACCAUCGAAGAUGUACAAGAAGAUGUACAAGAAACAUUAGAUUACAAGAACAUGCCAUUCAAUGACCGCGUACUAUUUUAUGCUGACUAUAUCCAGCAAUGCGGUCUUUCAAAUGAAGGAGUGAAACUUUUGGAACAGUUAAUGGCAGUUAUAUUCGGAACUUUACCUCCAAUCAAGUACACCAGCCAUGUGGUCCCUCUCAAUAAGAAUAUACUGCAACAAUAUCAACACAAGAAGACUUACUUUUGUUACUCUUGUGGGGAUAUGCUACAUCACUGGAGAGAUAAGUGCGCAAACGCUAUGUGCAGUCUUUAUCGUGUCGCCAUUAAACGUGCGAAAGGAGUUCAGAGAGUAGAAGUUCACGUGCUAGAUAUGAUUCCACAAUUAUCGGACCUGAUGAUGAAAGAAAUCACCAAUAUCAUUGAUUUCCACCGCACUCUCCAUGAAAACGGAGGUAGCCCAGAAAACGAUCGAAGCGACAUGAGACGCGAGAUGUGGCCACUAUACUUACGAGUAGAUAAUCUUCCCAGAAGUGAAGCUGACAAGUACACUAAUUCUAUCUUGUGCGGAAUCGUUUAUAGCCUCGGAAAGCCUAGUCUGAAAAUGGUGGAAUCGCUGUUUGGCAGGUUGGAAUCAGAAUUGAACGCACUAAAAGAAGAACCUAUUAGAAUAGAUGUAAACGGCGAGAUCUGGUCGUUAGAAAUUCGUCUGCAUCGUGGAAUAGCUGACAUGCAAGCGCAGAAAGCUCUUUUCGGAGUUCCGAGAUGGUCUUCAGCGCAAGGCUGCUCAAAGUGCUACAUCAUGGGACAGCGGACGGAAGGACAUAGAGUAUGGAUCCAGCAGGAAGAGGAUAAUUCCUCACUAAGAGAGCCCUCUUCGUAUCGCAUCGAUGGACAGUUGGGCCGAAACGGAAUACCAAAUGAGACACCGAUAAUGAGAAUAAUCAGGCCAUGCGACUUCUCAGGAGAUGCUCUUCACGUUUGUUCUGAAGGCAUUACGAAAGACAGAAUUAGAGAGAAAUCUACUAACAAUAGUGAUUUUCUUUCGCUGAGGAAGAAAGCUGAUAACAAACAUAAGGCUAAGUUUCCCCUCGAUAUCAGUGUGAAUGCUUCCGUCUACAUCCCUAAAGGAAGCAGAGUUGAUCGGAAUUUACUCGAGGAGGAACAUAAAGCUAUCAUUUUGCAGAGUGGAGAAGAAGCCUAG